AUGAGAGCCAGGAUGGGAGUGAUGCUGCUGGUUCUUGCAGUGACCGUUUGUUUGUCAUAUGCUCAGACCAACAACAUCAGCAAUGACAGCAAGCCACAGCAGCAGCAGCAGCAGCAGCAGCAACAGCAGCAGCAGCAGCAGCAGCAACAGCCUCAACAGCAGCAACAGCAGCAGCAGCAACAGCAACAGCCACAGCAGCAGCAGCGAAGCGUUUGGGAUGAGCCAAUCCGAUUCACCACCAAGUCCAAGGACACCUGUACCAUGGUCGUGUCCGGAGCUGGGGACUAUACUCGCCUGCGCGUCUCCUGCAAAGGUCCCAGCCAGGGCCAGACCCCGGCACGCUCCUACUACUGCGACUUCCAGGGGAAACCCAACCUGUGCCGCGCCUACAACCUCAACCCCCGCCACUACUUCACCCAGUUCAUGUGGGAGAUGAGGAAGCUGAGCAAUGCCUGCCAGGGACCCAAGGUCUACCGCCCACAGAUGUGCAAGAAAUACCCAGACGAGGCCCAGAUGACCUUCUUGAGCUCCUGGCCAAAGCCCGCCGCCGCCAAGCCCGCCACCCCCAAGCCCGCCACUCCCAAGCCCGCCAAGCCCGUUCAGGAGCAGCGCAAACCGGUGGUGCCCGGCCAGGUCAAGCCCGUCGCCACUCCUAAGCCUGUCAAGCCCCAGCCCCAGCAGCCCGGCAAGCCCCAGCCAGGCAAGGCCCCCCAGACCAAGAAAGUUGCCCCCAAGCCUGCGAAGACCACUACUCGUCCCACAGAGCAGACCGACUCCAAGGCCUCCCGCAUCGCUAACGAGUACUGCUGGAAGAGCUUCCACGGCGUCUGCAGCUACUUCAUCGGCUGGUUCCAGAACUGA